CUAUAUGUAAGUCUGCUUAGCUUUGACUGUUCUAUCAAAUGUAAAAAGAUACAUAAUUAGCUAGGAGUUGAUAAAUUUAUAGUUGUAACAAAUAGUUGAUAGAGAAGUAUAUAAAAAUGUGCGAUAUAUCAGGAAAUUUACUAAUAAAUCCGUAUUUUUUAUUUCUCGCGAAAUUUCGUGAAAAUCUGAAAUCACGUGGCGUGGUGAAUAUAAAAGUCACAACAGUAGUUCAGAUGGCUAGUAAAAAGUGGCGCCAAAUGAGCAAGGCUCAAAAAGCUAUUUACAAUCAAAUUGCGCAAAUGAAUCGCAAAUCGCGGUUGAAAUAAAGACUUACACCGUUAUACAUUUGAAAAACUG